AUGGACUUGGUGGCUCUCAAAGUCCGGGUCUCAAAGUUCGGGUCUUUCCCACAUAGGAGAAAGCAGAAAACCCUGAUCUUGCUUCGGACGUUCUGCUGCUGGUUUGACUUAGGUCUUCAACCUAAGUGGGCUAAUAAAGGGAGAAUCAGAUGUUUGAACGGUUGCUAUACCCGGAGCAAACCACCUCACCUCCCUCCGCUCAGACCAUGGACGGAGACAAUAGCCAGCUUUAAAACCAGGCUUGCGGAUGAUAUAUUUCACAGCAACUUUCAACACAUCCGUUUCAUCAGCACCAUUGCAGUGCCUCUCAUAGCAGGCUGUGGUUCAUUCCAGAUGAUGGAAGCUCUAGUUUUGGCCUCAGCAGUCACUGCGUGCUUCUCAGCCUGCAGGCAUAGUGUUUGCCAUAGGUGCUCAAAUGCUUGGGCGAUAUGUUUCUCACAGAAGGCCCCUGCUGUAUGUAGUGGCUUGGCUGUAGACCUCCCCUUAAUGGUCAUCUUGGUACCUGUGCAGCAGGAAUCCAGCUUUUCUAAGGACCCAUCGGGACUUGUGGCUGUGAUCAGGUUGGUGCUACUGUGUGGGGAGGCAGUCAGGCAUCAGAGAGUUGGGAGAACGGCCCUUCCUCCAGUUGUCUGGCACAACUGGUUUAAAGCAGUUCAGUCCACAACGAACAGGGCAUAA